GUGCCUAUUGAAAAUGUACAAUGAUUUUUUUUCCUUUAAUCUUAAAAAUGUAUCAUUGCUCUUAUUCAAGGAAAGGCUUCUAUACAUUUAGAAGUAAAGUUAAUACCGCUUUAGUUUUCAGUGAAGUUUGUCUGGCUAGAGUCUUACUACAUAACGUAUGCCCUGCCCAGAAUAUUAUCAGGUCACUUGGAGAAACUGAAUUUUCAGUUUGGACUUCUAGCCCCCUGACAUUUGAGUUCCUUGAAAGGGGAAAAAAUUCUACCUUUAGGAAAGAAGUGCUUCCAUGCAUUUGUGAUUCUAAGGGUCAGUGGCAUACAGAAGUAUAAAUAUGGGAGACUUCUGUUAAAUAUUAAAUAAGAGUUACAUGAGAAUAAAAGCUCGUUUACAUAAUAUGAAGUGAGAGGAUCCAUGACUACGUUGGCCGUGAGGUUUGAGGUGGUCAUACCGAAAUAGGCUAUAAUAGACUUGAAGUUCUCUUAUAACAAACAUAGUUGCAUGCGCAGUUUGACGGGUGUUGAGCGUGAAGAGUGUAGUCCCACGCUAUUAACAGCCAUUAAUGCAGCCAUGAGUAGACUGGCUCCCGACAGUGUGAGAGUGGAUCUCGGAACCUUUCUGUUGGGGGUCUUUUGCUGGAGGGACCGGAAAGGAGGUGGAUCCUUUCACGAUGUGGGGAGGCCGGAAGCUGAGCUCCUGCGGGACUCGGUUUGUAGGAGGGCUUAGAUCUAGGUGUUGGGGUACACAGGCUGAGGGUGCUCGCUUAAGCAGUUCGGCAGAGAAUCAGUUCAGUUGGACUCCACAAACUAACCCGUGGGUUUUCAGUGAAUACAGCAUCAUGUGGUUCAAAUCCUAUAGAAUAACUUUUGCCUGCUUGAAUAGAAUGAAAAUUUACAGGUACCCUUGGACAAGACUGUACAGUACUUCUCAAACCACUGUAGACAGCAGUGAGAUAAAAACAUUCGUGGCCCUGGCUCAUAGGUGGUGGGAUGAACAAGGAGUAUAUGCACCUCUUCAUUCUAUGAAUGACCUGAGGGUGCCAUUUAUUAGAGACAAUCUUUUAAAAACAGUUGCUCAUCACCAGCCAGGAAAACCUCUGUCUGGGAUGAAGAUUCUUGAUGUUGGCUGUGGUGGUGGAUUGUUAACUGAACCUCUAGGGCGGCUUGGAGCUUCGGUUAUUGGAAUCGAUCCUGUGGAUGAGAACAUUAAGACAGCACAGCACCAUAAAUCAUUUGAUCCAGUGCUAGAAAAGAGGAUAGAGUACAGAGCAUGUUCCCUGGAAGAGAUUGUGGAAGAGACUGCAGAAACAUUUGAUGCUGUUGUAGCUUCUGAAGUUAUAGAACAUGUGAUUGAUCUAGAAACAUUUAUACAGUGCUGCUAUCAAGUGUUAAAACCUGGUGGUUCUUUAUUCGUUACUACAAUCAACAAAACACAGCUAUCUUAUGCCUUGGGAAUUGUCUUUUCAGAGCAAAUUGCAGGUAUUGUACCAAAAGGUACUCAUACAUGGGAGAAGUUCGUUUCACCCGAAAAGCUAGAGAGCAUUCUGGAAUCAAACGGUCUGUCAGUUCACACGGUGGCAGGAAUGCUCUACAACCCCUUCUCAGGUUACUGGCGUUGGAGUGAAAAUACAAGCCUGAACUAUGCAGCUCAUGCUGUGAAAUCCAUUGGACAGGAGCCCCCGGUGCCUGCUGGGUUUGUUUUCAGGGGGGAAACAGAGGAGCUCCAUGAUAAAGACUCCAUCAACCCGGGUGUGCAGGAAGAGCUGAAGAAAUGAAUGGCUUCGAAGGACUAUGUAUAAUACGGCUUGAAAGUCUCAUGUUUACAUAUGUGAAAAUACACACUUUGUCUUUUGUGAGUGGAUUGUGAAGAAAAGAAAGUCAACAAAAAGGGCUAAAACCUUGGAUAAAAGUUUUGGUUGUUUCAUCUAAUGGCCACUUUCAAAGGAUGAUUCUGUGGAUAAAAACUUUUGGCAAGGUAUUGUGUAAUCUAGGCAUUUAAAUUCCUCAGCCUUUGUUUUAUUAAUAGGGUAUAUAUACUUGACUUGACUUGACGGAUUAUAUAUAUUCAUCCAGCGUGUGUGCACAUACGUAUAUGCUGAAAUGGGUUUUCAUUUAGAGGAAUCUGCAUUAUCUAUGUUCUUUAUCGGGUUUUAGCUAAAGACAGGCUUCUGACAUACGAAAACCAAAUACAGUUUUAUUCCUCUUAUAUAUGGGAGAAUAAAAUGCAUUUUUUCCUUUAAAUUUUACUUUGUUGGAAAGCAAAUGGAUUGUUAAAUAUAUACUACAUUUGGAUUCAGACAUUAAAAUCAAGAAGUCCGGAUAAUGUCGGGCAUACUUCUAUACAGUUCCAUAAAUGUUUUAUUGUGACUUUU